UGGAGAAAAAAUGAAAUCAAAGAAGAUUUGUCAAAAGUUGGUCUUAUAACAGAACUGGAUGAUCUUCAAAGAAAACAAGAAGAAAUCACUAAACUAUAUAUAAAAUUGGAUGCAAUUAAUAAAAUAUCUGGAAAAUUGAUUACUAUUAAAGAGUGA